AAGAUGGACCUUCUUCUCGUGAGUCUGAGUUUUAUAAAUGUGGGUUGUUUUUUGGUGACGUUGUUGUACAUAAUGAGAAGAUACAUACCUUUCUGGUUGUCUGAUCUGUUUGAAUGGGGAAAGACGAAGUCAAAUUGGGAUCAGAGUCGCUGGAACAGAUUUCUUCACGUCCCAAACAGCUGGUUCACUCAUUUUUACAUUGUUGGAAGUUCUCUAUCAUGUGCACUUUUAUGGAUGUUGAUUAUUCAUUGUUUCCACAUCAAGAGUCCAAUCACAGAGUAUUUUCCUCAAAUACUGGACUUACAUUACACUCCAUGUGUUAAUUGCUUUACUGUUUUGGUAUCCCUUCUUCUUCUUUUGGUGCAGUGUUGUCGCAGACUGUUUGAAUGUUUAUUUAUCAGUGUAUUUACAGGCAAGAUUCACUUGUCACACUAUUUGGUGGGAUUAUUUUAUUAUGUUUUGGAUGCAAUUGCACUUGCUUCACCACUUCUUGGGGAAAAGAUAAUGGACAAAGAUUGGUGUAGCUUGUGCAGAGAACUGCUGUCAGGUUUGCAAAAUUUCAGUGGUAUCCAGUGGCUGGGAAUAGUUGUAUUUCUUUGGGCAAGCUGGCAUCAGUGGAACUGUCAUGUCAUACUGGCAAAGUUACGACGCUCUGCAUGUGGGAAAACAGUCAAAGUGUACAAAAUUCCUCAUGGUGACUGGUUUGAUCAUGUCUCCAGUCCUCACUACCUGGCAGAAAUCAUAAUCUACUUUGCUUUCUUCCUGAUACAAAAAGGUCACAAUGUUUAUGUUGGAAUGAUUUUGCUAUUUACUGUGCAGAACCUUUCACUUGGAGCUACAGUGACUCAUAAUUGGUAUAAAAACAAAUUCAAGGAGUAUCCCCAAAAUCGUUACAAGAUAUUUCCAUUUCUCUACUAGGGAACUAGGCAGAGUGGUCAAUCUUUGUGUGACUGAGUUCUGUAUCACACAAUUGGAUAAUAAUCAACAUCUCUAUUGGAUUUAUAAUGGUAAUAGGACCAAGUGAAGUCAAUUAACAAAAUCGAACGAGCGUGAAGCAGAAGUCUGAUUUGUUAAUCACAAGUAUGAUUACAGACAGAAUUGGACAAGAAGA